GCCCCUAUUCUAGUACACUGUACUCUCCUCUAUGCGUGGCCAAAGCGUUUCAACGGCGGUUUGCAGGGGUUAAAUUUAAAUAGCGAUAACUUCAGUCGAAACCCAAAGAACGUUAGCGACGCAGGUUUGUCUGGCACUCCCUAUCCGUUAAUUUUUAAAGCGUCGACGGACGGUUUUGACAGUUUUAAAUUUAAACUGCAGCAACAUUUUGACGUGUGCCUACAAUGGCCAGCGGCAAGACUGUGCGAUUUCUACUUCCGCCGAAGACGUUCCCUGCGUUAACCCCUCGAAGACGCGUCCCGGAGCAUUGCAAGUGCCGGUUCAAGUGUCCCACCUGUGAGGCCGUCUUCAGCCACUAUGUUCUGCUCUGCGUGCACACUUGGAGCCACGCACCGAGCGACCUGCGCGUGCCGGAUCCAGCUGUGAAGCCGUGUAGCAUUCUUCAGAGCACGGAGAACUUUGGUCUACAGUGCUUCCUCUGCCCUUUGCGGUUUGCGUCACAUUUGGCCCUACGACAACAUCUGGACGCCAGUCAUACUGCUGCGGAAGACGUCAAGUUGCUACGGUUUGCCUGCGCUUUCUGCGCCAUGCGCUACGCGUCAGCCGAUCUGCUCAUUGCGCAUAUCCAGCAGCACGAUGUCUGGGAAGAUGGAGACUUCUAUCCGCUAUUUGCUGGGAUCGUAGGCAAGCCGCUUUGCGAACGCGACGAUACAGUGACGUCUUUUGAACUCGAUGACCUCAUAAAAGAAUUGCAGAAAAUCGCUGGCGACUUGCCUGCCCAUCAGCCAAAGCGAAAGUCUGCCCUGUCCACGAAGAGUCGCUCCGGUGGGCACACACCGCUCAACUACCUGUGUGCUCUAUGUGGCAUGAAGUUCCAGCACGGCUACCAAAUUGAUGAACACGUGCGCAUGCGCCACAAGGGCUUUCUCAAGCUAAUGAAAGCACGGCAUGCCUGUGUUUACUGUGGCACCAAAUUCUUUAAGCUGUCUAUGCUUAGGGAGCAUUUGCUCAUGCAUCAUGCCAUCUCGGUUACGCCUCGAAAAAAAAAUCCCGUGAGAGUUUGAGUGAUUGACAAGUAACUUUGAAUGAUCGCUCCACCAUAUCUUUCAAAACUAUCAGCAAGAGUAUUGAAUAAGAGCUUCCAUAAACAAGCAGAGUGUAGAGAUGUAAAAGAAAAUGAGUUUUAUGCUUCUCCGUUGCCUUUGCGAUUUUACUUCAAGUCCCCAGUAUUCUACAAGCCUUUUUUGUACUCAGAGGAUAGCAAAGAGGAGCCAUUGCGACUUUGUAGGUGCACAAUCGACAUACGUUAUAAGCAGAAAAGUGCUAUAUGUGCCACUGUUACAAAGAUUAUGCAUAGUUUAUUUUCGCCUGAAUAAUAAAUGUGGUUAUGGCUCCUUUGAUCCUGAAAUUCCACCAUGUGUUAAUCUAGUACAUUAGGAAGAAAAAAGUGGUGACAGUUGUAGAUAAGGUGCGACUGCUUGCCUGCUGCUACUGAAUAUGAGUGAACCAUUUUGUGUAUGAUAGCAAGCACUUCUUUUAGGGGCAAAGCUCCUUAAGCCGUGGGUCGUGCGUCCCUGGUGUAUGUAGUGUGUUGUUAUGUAGAUGUGUGUUGGCAUACCAUUUGCUUAUAACAGUUUCGGAAUAGAGUAUUACUUGUAGUUUUUGACAAGUACUAACUUUAAAUAGAGGGAACUGGGUUUAACGUGGAAACAAAAAUUUCUCGGCUAAGCUAGUCGGGACUGAGUAAAGAAAUGCAGUCAAUUAUAACCAUGCAAUCUGCAACUUGAGAGAGAUAAAGAAAGAAUAAACGUUAUGCAAAACAGUACACGAGCGAAUUGGGUGUCGCCAUCUUCUCCACACUGUAGCCGGAAAAACACUCUUUUCAAUGGUGUGCUUGCACAACUAUAGUCUGAUACAACUCGAGUGUUCUGGAGAGGCUAGAUGAUUGAAGCACACCAGCCGAUCACCUCCUAGACUAAAAAAAUAGACCCGCUCGUGCACUUGACAAUGUUCUCUAAAGGUCGCCCGGCCAUUACGGCUUUGGCUCAUGACGCGAGUCCAGAGUGCGCACCGAUUGGGGGCAGGUUUGUAUACAUCUGCUUUUGAGGUGGAAAUGUUGCAGGAUUCUGAGGUUUUAUCUGGCUAUAGUGCAACACACACAAGGAACACAUUAUUUUUGAAGGGGCUACAUCUCAUGGAAACAAGUCAUUUUGGACUCGAAGGUAGUUUGUCCAGCACAAAUGCAAAUUAUCAAAAGCAAUUUUAAUAUUUAAAUAAAAAUGGAGGCUUUGGUUCGGAUCCUCAGAGGCAAAAAAAAAGCAGGGUUCUUCUCAUAAAGCUAGUAGAACAUAUUGUGAUGAGAGUAAGAAUAUCCGAAAUAAAUAAAGAAAUGUAUUUACAGAAUCUACA